AAAUGUCCAUAAAUAGUUAUACUCGUAUUUAACAAGGAUGUUCCUCAGAAACGGCGAUACUUCUUUUUAGCCUUUUUGACUCUUCUCUCUCUCUCUCUUUAUACUUAUCUCUCUCUCUCAAAUCUCAUUUCAAUUCAGUGUAAAAAAAACCUCUCUUUUUUAACUCUCUCUCUCUCUUCCUCUUGAGAUGGAGAGACGAACGAGAAGAGUCAAGUUCUCAGAGCAUCGUACGGUCACAACCGUAUCAGCUAAGCCAACUGACGACUCUCCAACACUGGUUCGUAUCACUGUAACCGACCCUUUCGCUACUGACUCAUCAUCUAGCGACGAAGACAACAACGUCACGGUGGCGGCUCCAAGAGUGAAACGAUACGUCGAGGAGAUUAGAUUCUGCCAAAUCCAACCAUCCCCCAAAGCUAAGCACAAGGCGGAGAAAGCCGUGGUUGAUGACGUCUCGUCUGCCGUGAAGCCUAAAAAGUACAGAGGCGUUAGACAGAGGAAGUGGGGAAAAUUCGCGGCGGAGAUUAGAGAUCCGUCGAGCCGUAGUCGGAUUUGGCUAGGGACUUUCGUCACGGCGGAGGAAGCUGCUAUGGCUUACGAUCGAGCCGCGAUUCAGCUCAAAGGACACAAGGCACUGACCAAUUUCCUAACCCCACCGUCGCCGACGCCUGUCAUCGACCUCGAUACGGUCUCCGCUUGCGAUUCAGGGAAAGAUUCUCGCCACAGCCUCCAUUCUCCGACCUCUGUUCUCAGAUUCAACGCCAACGAGGAAACAGAGUACAGACCAGAGCAUGAUAUUGAACCGAUCGAGCUUUCUCCGGAGAUAAAGCCGACUGCUUUAGUAAAAUCAGAAUCGUCGACGAGUCUCUUGUUCCCAGAUCCGUAUCAGUUACCGGAUCUAUCGCUCGCCGGAGAAUGUUUUUGGGAUUCCGAAAUUGCCCCUGAUCUUUUGUUUCUGGACGGAGAACUCAAACUCCAACCACCGUUGCCGAACAUAGAGAUUUCCAAGGAAGAAUCUGAAGACUUCUCCUUUAGUCUAAAUGAAGAUUUCGAGUCAUCUCCAUGGGAUGUGGAUAAUUUCUUCGACCAACAUCACUCUUUCGAUUAAAAAAAAAAUCCAACUUUGGGAUGUUUGGUUUCAACUUCUCUGGGGGAUUUUUUUUUGGGGAGACGAUGACGUGGAUGCAUAUUGACCGUCUGAUUUCCUUUUAGUCUGAAUGACGUGGACUGUUCAGAUCAAACUGAAGCGCCAAAGAAAAGAGAAAAAAGGAGUUUUUGUUUUUAAUUAAUUUGUGGGUAAAUAUCUUAGAUAUAAGAUUAAAAUGUGUUUAUGAAGGGUUUUUGUUUUGACAUAACAACUUGGUUUCCCCUCUCUCGGUUUGUCUCAGUGGUAGGAAACAGUUUGUAAAUAUCUUUCUAUGUCUAUUAUUAAUAUUUCUUUAUUAAAAUGUAAAUUAAAUCAUAUCUAUCUAUUUC